UUUCUCUCUCUAUCUCUGUCUCUGUCUCAGCUCCAGCAGCCAAGUGAUCAGGAGGUGGAGGACUUCCUCAACCAGCAGGAAUCCUUGUCCUCUGACACCACUCGCAGCAGUUCUGCCAGUAGCCUCUUUCUCAAGGCCAUGGACGGCCGCCCACACAAUCGCAAGAGCUCGUAUGCCCGCUCCCAAACAGGCUCAACCAGUGCCCCCAGUCCAGCCUCAGCCAAAUCGCCCAACGGCAGCCGUGGCAGACAGAAGCAGGAUGACCAGACUCUCUCUCUGGAGCUCAAGAACCUGGAUCUCCCUUCCAACAUCGCUGUGUGUCGUCGCUCUUCAGUACGCAGGGGCUCAUCCAGCAGCAUCAAUCCCCCAGACCCCAGCCCAGUCCCCGGCCCAGCCCCGGCCAACCCAGCAAACGACGAUGACCAGUCUCUCUCUCGCCAGGGCAGCCAGAAGCCUGAUGACCAGCCUCUUUCUCGCCAGGGCAGCCAGAAGCAGGAAGACCAGCCUCUCUUUGUGGAGCUGGACAGCACUGUGUGCCACCGCUCCUCAGCCAUCGAGUUCCUCUUAGCCCCCAUCAUUCAGUACCUGAGCCCUGAGCAACUGUCAGAUGAGACUGUUAUACCUGAGGUGGAGACCACCAAUUUCCAUCCAGACACAAGAGAUGAGAGCCUACCCAGACACCAGAGCCUGUCUGCCCAUUCCCAAAGAAGCUCAUCAAGUGCUGGCAACCCGGAUGACCAGUCUCUCUCUCGCCAGGGCAGCCAGAAGCAAGACGACCAACCUCUCUCUCUGGAGCUGGACCCCCUGGAGCUCCCUUCUACAAGCACUGUGCGUCGCCCCUCCUCGGCUGCCGAGGUCCUCCUAGGUUCCAUCCUCCAGUACCUGAGCUCUGAGCCACCCUCAGACGAGUCCAUUAUACCCGAGGUGGAGACCACUGAGAACCACACAGAAACCAGAGACGAGAGCCCACCCAGGCACAAGAGCCUAUCUGCCCACUCCCGCAAAAGCUCAUCAAGUGCUGGCAACUCGGACAACCAACCCCUCUCUUGCCGGGGCAACCAAAAGCCAGAUAACCAGCCUCUCUCUCUGGAGCUGGACCCCCUAGAGCUUCCUUCUACCAGCACCGUGCGUCGUCCCUCCUCGGCUGCCGAGGUCCUCCUAGGAUCCGUCCUCCAGUACAUUAGCUCUGAGCCAUCCUCAGACGAGCCUGUUGUACCCAAGGUGGAGACCACCGAGAACCACAUUAAAGCCAGAGACGAGAGCCUACCCAGACACAAGAGCCUGUCUUCCAGCUCCCACUGGAGCUUGUCCAGUGCUGUUGCACGCGUGCUGGAGACCGCUGAGGACCUGAGCCCUGAGCAAGGCUCAGACGAGGCCAUUAUACUUGAGGUGGAGGGCAUUGAGUACUACUCAGACACAAGAGACAUGAGCCCACCCAGACGCAAGAGCCUGUCUACCCGGUCCCGUCGGAGCUCGUCCAGUGCUGUUGCACCCGAGGUGGAGACAUCUGAGGGCCUGAGACCUGAGGAAGUCUCAGGUGAGGUCAAUGCACUUGAGGUGGAGAGCACUGAGUACUACUCAGAUGCAAGAGACGUGAGCCCAUCCAGACGCAAGAGCCUGUCUGCUGGCUCCAACAGAAGCUCAUCAAGUGCUGGUAACCUGGGUUACCAGUCUUUCUCUCGCCGGGGAAGCCAGAAGCCAUUCAACCAACCUCUCUCUCUGGAGCUCGACCCCCUAGAGCUUCCUUCUACCAGCACCGUGCAUCGCCCCUCCUCGGCUGCCGAGGUCCUACUAGGUUCCAUCCUCCAGUACCUGAGCCCUGAGCAACUGUCAGAUGAGACUGUUAUACCUGAGGUGGAGACCACCAAUUUCCAUCCAGACACAAGAGACGAGAGCCUACCCAGACACCAGAGCCUGUCUGCCCGCUCCAAAAGAAGCUCAUCAAGUGCUGGCAACCCGGAUGACCAGUCUCUCUCUCGCCGGGGCAGCCAGAAGCAAGACGACCAACCUCUCUUUCUGGAGCUGGACCCCCUGGAGCUCCCUUCUACAAGCACCGUGCGUCGCCCCUCCUCGGCUGCCGAGGUCCUCCUAGGUUCCAUCCUCCAGUACCUGAGCUCUGAGCCAUCCUCAAACGAGUCCAUUAUACCCGAGGUGGAGACCACCGAGAACCACACAGAAAUCAGAGACGAGAGCCCACCCAGACACAAGAGCCUAUCUACCCACUCCCGCAAAAGCUUAUCAAGUGCUGGCAACUCGGAUGACCAGCUCCUCUCUCGCCGUGGCAGCCAGAAGCCUGACGACCAACCCCUCUCUCGCCGGGGCAACCAAAAGCCAGAUAACCAGCCUCUCUCUCUGGAGCUGGACCCCCUAGAGCUUCCUUCUACCAGCACCGUGCGUCGCUCCUCCUCGGCUGCCGAGGUCCUCCUAGGUUCCGUCCUCCAGUACAUUAACUCUGAGCCAUCCUCAGACGAGCCCUUUGUACCCAAGGUGGAGACCACCGAGAACCACAUAAAAGCCAGAGUCGAUAGCCUACCCAGACUCAACGGCCUGUCUUCCAGCUCCCACUUGAGCUUGUCCAGUGCCGUUGCACCCGUGGUGGAGAUCACUGAGGACCUGAGCCCUGAGCAAGGCUCAGAUGAGGCCGUUGCACUUGAGGUUGAGAGCAUUGAGUACUACUCAGACACAAGAGACAUGAGCCCACCAAGAUGCAAGAGCCUGUCUGCCCGGUCCCGUUGGAGCUCGUCCAGUGUGGUUGCAACCGAGGUGGAGAGCACUGAGUACUACUCAGACGCAAGAGACGAGAGCCCAUCCAGACGGAAGAGCCUGUCUGCCCACUCCCGCAGAAGCUCAUCAAAUGCUGGCAACCCGGAUGACCAGCCUCUCUCUAACCGGGGCAGCCAGAAGCCAGAUGACCAGCCUCUUUCUCGCUGGGGCAGCCAGAAGCCAGACGACCAACCUCUCUCUCUGGAGCUGGACCCCCUAGAGCUUCCUUCUACCAGCACCGUGCGUCGCCCCUCCUCGGCUGCCGAGGUCCUCCUAGGUUCCAUCCUCCAGUACAUUAGCUCUGAGCCACCCUUAGAGGAGCCUUUUGUACCCGAGGUGGACAACACCGAGAACACAGAAGUCAGAGACGAGAGCCCACCCAGAUGCAAGAGCCUGUCUGUCCGCUCUCGCAGAAGCUCAUCAAGUGCUGGCAACUCAUCAAAUGUCUGCCAGGGCAGCCAGAUGAGGAAUGACCAGCCUCUCUCUGUGGAGUUCGACAUCCUGGACAUCUCUUCUACCAGUGCUUUGCGCCGCCGAUCCUUGGCUCCCGAGGUCAUCCUUGGCCCCAUCCUCCAGUACCUGAGCUCUGAGCCACCCUCAGACGAGACCAUUAUACCCAAGGUGGAGACCACCGAGAACCAAACAGAAGCCAGAGACGAGAGCCCACCAAGACACAAGAGCCUGUUUGCUCGCUCCCGCUGGAGCUCGUACUGUGCCUCUGCACCCGAGGUGGAGACCACUGAGGACCAGAGUCCUGAGAAAGUCUCAGAUGAGGCCGUUGCACUCGAGGGGGAGAGCACUGAGUACUACUCAGAUGCAAGAGACGUGAGCCCAUCCAGAAGCAACAGCCUGUCUGCUGGCUCCCACAGAAGCUCAUCAAGUGCUGGUAAUCUGGAUGUCCAGCCCCUCUCUCGCCGGGGCAGCCAGAUGCCAGACGACCAACCUCUCUCUCGCCGGGGCAGCCAGAAGCCAGAUGACCAGCCUCUCUCUCGCUGGGGCAGCCAGAAGCCAGACGACCAGCCUCUCUCUCUGGAGCUGGACCCCCUAGAGCUUCCUUCUACCAGCACCGUGCGUCGCCCCUCCUCGGCUGCCGAGGUCCUCCUAGGUUCCAUCCUCCAGUACAUUAGCUCUGAGCCACCCUUAGAGGAGCCUGUUGUACCCGAGGUGGACAACACCGAGAACACAGAAGUCAGAGACGAGAGCCCACCCAGAUGCAAGAGCCUGUCUGUCCACUCUCGCAGAAGCUCAUCAAGUGCUGGCAACCCAUCCAACGUCCACCAGGGCAGCCAGAUGAGGAAUGACCAGCCUCUCUCUGUGGAGUUCGACAUCCUGGACAUCUCUUCUACCAGUGCUUUGCGUCGCCGAUCCUUGGCUGCCGAGGUCCUCCUUGGCCCCAUCCUCCAGUACCUGAGCUCUGAACCAUCCUCAGACGAGACCGUAAUACCCGAGGUGGAGACCACAGAGAAGAAUGCACAGUUGAGAGAUGAGAGCCCACCCAGACGCCAGAGCUUGUCUCCCCGCUCCCGCAGGAGCUCGUCCAGUGCUGUUGUGCCUGAGGUGGAGACCACUGAGUAUUGCUCUGACAAAGGAGACGGCAGUCCACUCAGACGCAGAAGCCUGUCAAUCCGCUCCCGCAGGAGCUCAUCCAGUGGAGGCAACGCCCCAUCCCCCCGGCUAACACCGGACAACACACACAAUGGCCUCCAGGGCAGCCAGAUGCAGGACAACCUGGAUGAGUUGGACACCAGCGCUGUGCGUCGGCGCUCCUGGGCUGUCGAGGUCCUCCUAGACCCCAUUCUGCAGUACCUGAACCCUGGGCACUCAGAAAAGGCCGAUAUAGAAGAGUCCGAAAUACCCGCGGUGGAGGCCACAGAGCACUAAGAAGUCACCAGUGUCCUAGAAACGGCCCCCUUUGAAGGCCUAGGUGUAAGACUUAUUAGUUGAUUUUAGUUUGUGGGUACACAUAGGAGGACCAUAGUUCAGCAGACAUAAUCUGUGAUUAAUCCAUUGUAAUACAAAAUGUGUCAAUGUUUGUGACUGAAAGAUUCAGGCGCUCUACUUCAUGUACAGACGCCAACCCAAAUUUGUUUUGGUUUCCUAACUGAGCAUCAUGUGACAUUAUACACCUUGUAUCCCAUUAUAUAUUAGACCUAACUAUUCUUAUAUGACGUGCUAACCUGAUGUCGCAUUCUGUUUUCUCUUUCCCAAAGUAGCCGUGAGAAACAAAGCUUGUCAUGAUUAAAGGUGAAGUCUUGAUUGAUUGGCCUAAAUAUGGAUAAUGGAAGGAAAUUGAAUGUGUUGAGGAAUGAGCAUCGAAUAGACAGUAGAAAAUGUCUUUAUUAUAAUGUCAUAACAUUUAAUAUUUCAGAACAUGUAACACAUGACACCUUUAGAUUGUCCUACAGAAUACAUCAACAUAACAUUGGUUGUAUUCAAGAAAUAAAUAACAUUUGUAUUGCUGAUGUGAAAUGUAUUGAGGUUAUGAAGAGUGAAAUAAAGUGCCCUUUCCCCAUCUACAGUACAGUACUCAGCUCAUACAUGUACUUUCCAAGAUUAACCCAUUCCGGUUUCAUGCA